GUUGACCACGACGGGGAUUCCGGGCAUAGGCGGGGGGGGGGCGAGGGGGUUGAGAAUCCAUUUUAGGCGUUGUUGUACUCGUAAAGACUUGGUAGUUUCGUUAAAUUACCAGGAAGACUUGCGAAUAAUUUGAACGUUUGCCGUUCCCCGUCAUGACAAAAAAUACUGUAGUUUACAGACCGGUAAACACAUUUAAAAGUUGCAGCAACGUUAAUAUGCAACCCCCCCACCAAAAAAAACCCAAAAACAAAACAAAAAAACAACAAAAAAACUGGAUAACAAACGGGGAUUUAUUGUAGGGGCAUUCGGGGUGUUACGGUAAAUAACGACAAUGAGCCAAACAAUUCGUGGAUUUCGGUGCGCCAAAUUAAUAAGGAAGCGGUCCCGUUCGAAGAAUAGCGGGGAAUUCCCUGAGAUGAGGCAACUUCACCGUUCCCGUUUUCUCUCUAUAAGCCGCCCAGCUGGCAACGCCGCAGCACUCAUUCUCACGGCGACGCCUCACCCACGGACGGCAGCGGAGGAGACUCUCGGCAGCGGAGGACGCCUCGGCAACAUGCAUCUCAUUGUAAAGCUGCUCUUCGUGGUGGUGUCUGCUGCAGCUCUCUCUUGUGAUCCACAGACACAAUAUGAGGGCACUAAUGGACGAUGUUGCCAGAAAUGUGGUCCAGGAACUAGGAUGUUACACACCGAAGGUCCAGAAGCUUGCAGUGAUCCUAACUGUCAGUCCUGUGAAGACAAUGAAUACCAGGAUGGAUACACAGCAGAGAAAAACUGUAACCUUCAACCAUAUUGUGAUCCAAAUAAAAACUUUGAGGUUGUUCCCCACGUGAACAAGAAAAGUCAAAGGUCAUGCAUAUGUAAGACGGGAUACCAUUGCUCCAAUCAGGCAUGCAUGACCUGUGCACCCCACAGUCCUUGUCAACCAGGAUAUGAGGUUCAGUUCAAAGGUAAUCACAGCCAUGACACAGUGUGUCAAAAAUGUCGUCCUGGAACAUUUUCUACUGAGACCUCAGAGGAUGCUUACUGCAAGGGAUGGACUGUAUGUUUGCAUGGGUCCCAUGAGGAGAUGAAGGGAACAACCAAAUCCGACACCAUUUGUGGAGACGGGCAUCGAGAGCAUAUUAUAGUAUAUGUAAUCCCCAUCUGCAUACUGUUAGUUGUGGCCAUGGCAUUUGGAAUAUAUAAAGCAAAAGGAAUUGCUAAAAGACAAGUAAAGAAAUGUAUGGAGUUGGGUCCAGAAGAAACAAGGCAGCCGCAGCUGGAGACCAACCCACCAACCCACCAACAAGAGGAUGAGUAUUCCGAGGAAUGUGACCUGCAUCAUGCAGUGAAGGAGAUGGGCUCAAAGACUCCCGAGGAAAACGAGAACGAGCUUGAAGAGAGUCUGAGCCAACCUCUGAUUUCCGAGGAUGUAAAUUUCACAGUCAAUGGAAAUUUGGUGUUAAAGGAGGCCGGGGGAACCUCUCUCCCAUCAGAAACCACAAACACGUUCAUUUGUGACACUGCCUGAGCAAGACCAUCUGCUCCUCAUCGUCACUGUGAUGUGACUGUUAAAGGAUCAUUCUGUACAUUACUGACACAGACAUGAACACUACCGCUGUUCAUAUCUGCCUUAGUUGAUAACAAAACAUUGAGUUCUACGUUGUGCACAAACUGUACAGUAAAUGUAAAGUAACUAAGCUACGUUAGUUAACCUAGUGUGUUUUGUUUGUGUGUUUUGUUUUCAGUCCUAUAUUAAUCCAGUCUCUUAAGUUUGAACAGUUGGUCUUAAAAUUCAUACUUCCCCCUAGAGAGCAGUCCAUCACUUUCCUGUCAAACAGCAACGUGGUUAUGGGGAAGCCAAGCUGAGGUCCUCUGCAGAUACGUAGUACGGGAAGUUAUUCAAGAGUGGUGACUGGAACUGAUGAUUUCAUUUGUCUCUGACUUCUCAGACGUGGCUAUGUCGGGUUGAUCUGUGUGACUUGUUAUACACAAGGAUGAUAUGAUGAUGUGAUGCAGAAGAUACUGAAAAAAAGGCCUUUUUGCUGAAUAUAAUUUGCCCCCUACCCCUGUGUCAGUGUUGUACUUUGUUUGUUAGGGGUGGCUUUCUUGUCAACGUUUUGCUCAUUUAAGUUAAACUUAUUACUACUAUUCCUACUUUGUAUGCAAGAAGAUGAAACUGGCCAAUACGUAUCUAUUAUUUUUAUUUUUAUUCUUUUAAAUUUGUGCAGAGAGAAGUGCCGAGACUCUAAGGACCAUGGACUGCAGCAACAAACCCAUAGUAGUACACACACAUAUUACAAGUAUGAUUCACUGCUGUUUUCUAUGCGUACUACUUUACAGUCGAUAUGCAGUAUUGUGCGUUGUGACACGAAUGCUGCAUUGUUUGUUCAUUUUGCAUAGAUUUAGUAAAGAACAAAAAGUGUAC